AUGGCCGUCCAAAAGCUUCCUCCAGUUGAGUCUGUGCCUAAUCUUGCUACAGAAGAACGCGCAAACAUCCUAGACCUUCUCUUCGAGCCCAGUGCACAGCUGCACACGCUUUCUGUGCCUCUGUUGCACGAGAAGCACUUCCACUCAUACGCCGAUCUUAUCUCUGCAGUCGGUGUACAGCUCACGGAAUUGUCAGAGUCCCCGUCAUCUUCGGACACGACAUGGUUAGAAAGCAUACUGGGAAGUCAUCCACGUCUCGGAGCGAAGAAGGUUGAGAGCGCGCAGUCUCAGGCUGAGCAAGCACAGCUGCAAGGCAACGCAGAAGAGGCCGAGCAGCUGCGUGCCCUGAACGAGCAGUACGAGAAAACAUUCCCAGGCCUGCGUUACGUUGUGUUCGUCAACGCCCGAUCUCGACCCGUCAUCAUGGAUGACAUGCGAGCUCGCAUUGCUGUUGGUGACAUGAAGUCGGAGCGUUUGGCAGCAAUUAGAGCAAUGUGUGAAAUUGCAGCCGAUCGCGCAUCGAAGCUGUCUGCCCAAUCCUGA